AUGGGCGAGACGCAGCUGCACAGCACCGAGGCAAGCCUGCAGCCGUGGGUCGAGGACGCUCUCGUGAAGCUGCACGCGCGAAAAAACAGCGGCGCGAAGAUCACUGAGAUUCGCGUGAGUAGCCGAUCCGCCGAAGCAAUCAAGCUCCAGCUACGCCGACUUCAGAACGUCACGCCACUGUGUCUCUUGACCGUCUCCGUUACCACUCAAGAGUCCAUUUAUGCGAUCUGCAAUGUGGUAAUUUCCUUCGGCAGUGGUGUCUAG